AUGGCAAAGCGCUCUCAUGAGGAUCAAGAAACAGACGACCGCCCAGCAAAGCGUCUACGUCCUAGCGAUCCAGACAGACUGUCACACUUGAGCGAUGAGCUUCUCAUAAGAACUCUCUCCUACCUAUCAGUCUCAGACCUUGUUCUCUGCCAAAGACUUUCUCACCGCCUCAACUCCUUGGCUGGUGACCUCCAACUGUGGAAGGCUCUUUUCUACGACCGCUUUGUUCGCCCCCGGGCUUCUCGAAUACCAGGCGUUCGAGACCAGGAACAGUCCCCAAAGUCUUUAUACUACUCGUCCAAGAUAUCUAAAUGGCUUGAUGAUGACCAUCUUGUAAGGAGAGGAAGCGUGACCAAUUGGAAGAGACAAUACAAGCUACGCCAUAACUGGUCAAGGGGCAGCGCAAAUGUCAGCGAAAUCCAACUUGCAGAACACCCUUCACAACCUCCACUGCUAGUACGCUUGCAUGAGGACAUAGUUGUGACUGCGGACCCAGUCGCUGGUUUGAGAGCGUGGGUGCUGAAAGGAAUUGAUCGGCUGAUUGCUACCACGCCAUUUUACAGGGGCAAGGAUGAUCGCAGUGCUGGUCCGACAUCUUUGUCAAUCGAUGGAGCACAGUCAAGAAGGGAUCGAGUGAAUGUAUCGGUUGGGUAUGAUGAUGGCAGCUUUGCGAUCUACACACUACAGCGGAAUGAGAGGAGAUUUGCAUGCCGAUAUGUGCAUGCUCCAUCCAGGAACGGCGCGAUUCAUGCCAUUGCGUACGCUUCACCGUAUUUACUGACCAUGACUGGAGCACCUCUACUAUCCCUAUAUCGCUUUGGUCAUGAACCAGAGGAAAUCAUGAGCAAUCUCGAGUCGACUUCCGGCAGAAGAAACAACAUGGAUUCCAUCUUCACUAAGGAGCCUAAAAUCCUUGUGAAAAAUUCUCACGGAGAUGCCCAAGAAGAUCUAGGUGCCUCUGGUGUGAACGAGGGAGAGGUAGACGAUGAUGCAAUGAUGCGGCCUCCGACCUUGAUAUCCUCGUUGAGGUCGCAGACGGCCUAUCCUCCAAUAUCACUUGCCAUCAGGGCUUCAUCAACUAGCAUCGUUGCUUCGAUAGCUUAUGCAAUGCCCACUUGGACGUCUGGAUGGUCCGUUGGAUUGCAAGAGAUUCGUAUAACACCAGAUGGCACCAUCAUUGAUUCUCGUGUGGCAUCUGCAGCGACUCGAGGUGCUCUAUCGCCACCGUCGAAUCCACAACUGGAUCGGUCAGUGCACAAUUACAGUACGACCACUUUGGACCAACGAGUCGUUACAGGCGUGAGGAUGGCUCUUGGCAGUAAACCGACGUCUCUUUCAUACAAUCAUCCUUAUCUAUUAUCAGCUCACCCGGAUAACACGCUCACACUUUAUAUGGUCACAUCAAAUGCUGAGGAGCUGAGCGUAGGUGUGGGAAGCCGGCUGUGGGGCCACACUUCUUCCGUUUCUGGAGCUCAUGUUGGUGACCGUGGCAAGGCUGUCUCUGUCAGUGCACGAGGUAACGAGCUACGGGUAUGGGAGCUGGAAGGUGGGAUGUCUUCGAGCACAUCCCGAAAACGGGCAGCUGCAGGCGAAGCUAGCGUACGAGUACGUCCUAAGAGGGCUACCUCUGAGACGAAAAUAGAAAACACAUCGAGAGCCGACAUUGGUGCUGUUGCCGGCCCUAGGUUCAUGCGAGAGCAAGCAUUUGAUGAUUCGACUGUCACCCAUGGCUGGGUUGCAUUCGACGAAGAGAAGGUGGUACUACUCCGGGAGAAGAUGCUAGGGACUCAGGCGUUGGUGGUGUAUGAUUUUGAAUAG